GUGGUGCACCCUUAUUAGUUUAUAGUUUUCCUUCCUUAUGUGAUUCCCAUACUCUGGCAGGUACUAUCAUUCAUUCCUGUGGUACAAUACCCAAACCGAGACCAGCAACCCAACCGACAUUCACCGCGUCGUGUCAUCCGUGCUUCCAGGUGCGCCGGGUGGGGCUCGCCGGCGCGCAAUGAGUAGAUCAUUGGCCAUUGUCGGUGUUCUCUUUGGACUUCUAGUGGCCGACGCCACGGCCCAGGUUGCAUCGGAAGGUGAGAGAAUUGUCCAAGAUGGAGCCGUUUCUGCCAUCAAUGCAACCGCCACGGGGGUCGAUGGGAAUACGACUACGCCGAAGGAGGACACUUUUGCUGACAUGAUCGAUCGCGCGCUCGAGAAGGAGUUCACGGAGAACGAGGAUCAAAACGAAGCGAAUGAUGCUGGUAGCUUCAACAACAGUGUGGCCGGUCAGCAAGCUGUACUGGAAACAGUAGCCAGAGUCAAGACAAAGAAAAAUGAGACAAAGGAGGAAAAGUCUUUUAAACUAAAUCGAGUUUUCAAUCUGGAUAAUGACAAUGGAGCUGAAGAAACCCCAACAUUGAUUGAUAGAAAGGACAAUGUCUUUAUCAUAUCGAACUUCAAAUCUAAAUACCCAGUGCUGCAGUUAGACUUGAGGCUCAUAUAUGAUCUGGUUGUUGUCAUUGUUUCUGCAACUUGUGGUGGGAUUGCCUUUGCUUGUGCUGGACAGCCGGUUCUUACUGGAUAUUUACUGGCAGGAUCAGUUGUUGGACCUGGAGGUUUUAAUGUUAUUAGUGAAAUGGUGCAAGUUGAAACAGUGGCUCAGUUUGGUGUGAUUUUCCUUCUUUUUGCUCUGGGGUUAGAAUUCUCUGCAACAAAGCUCCGAGUUGUUCGCGCCGUUGCUGUUCUUGGAGGGUUACUACAAAUUCUCCUUUUUAUGUGCCUGUGUGGAAUUAUAGCUGUGCUGUCUGGAGGUCGAGCUUCAGAAGGAGUAUUUAUUGGUGCAUUUCUGUCAAUGUCAUCCACAGCAGUGGUAUACAAAUUUUUGAUGGAGAAAAAUAGCACCAAUGCUCUUCAUGGUCAAGUGAUCAUUGGCACCCUGAUUUUACAGGACUGUGCCGUGGGAUUGUUAUUUGCUCUGCUUCCAGUUCUUGGUGGGACUUCUGGGGUUAUGCAGGGUAUAAUAUCAAUGACUAAAUCGUUGGUGCUGUUGAUUGCUUUCUUGGCAGGCUUAUCGGUAUUGUCUCGAACCUGUGUGCCUUGGUUUCUUAAACUCAUGAUAAGCUUGUCAUCGCAGACCAAUGAACUUUAUCAAUUGGCAUCAGUUGCAUUUUGCCUGCUUGUGGCUUGGUGUAGUGACAAGCUUGGGCUUAGCUUAGAAUUGGGUUCAUUUGCUGCUGGGGUGAUGAUAGCAACAACCGAUCUUGGUCAGCAUACUUUAGAACAAGUUGAACCCAUUCGCAACCUGUUUGCUGCUCUUUUCCUGGCUAGCAUAGGGAUGCUAAUCCAUGUUCAUUUUUUGUGGAAUCAUGUUGAUAUCUUGCUUGCUUCAGUCAUAUUAGUUGUCAUAGUCAAAACUGUAGUAGUUUCUGCAGUUGUCAAGGGAUUUGGCUACAAUAACAAAACCUCACUUCUUGUAGGAAUGUCGUUGGCGCAGAUAGGGGAGUUUGCUUUUGUACUGCUUAGUCGGGCAUCCAAUCUUCAUCUUGUUGAGGGGAAAGUAUAUCUGCUGCUUCUUGGAACAACAGCACUUAGCCUGGUAACUACUCCAUUGCUGUUCAAGUUAAUACCAGCAGUCGUACACCUGGGUGUGUUGCUACGCUGGUUCUCACCUGAUGGCCCUAAUGAGCUCGGGGACAGCUUGAUCGCGGCAUCGCUGCUUCCCGGUUCAUCUACCAGGCCCAGCCAGUUGAUGCGAUAUGAUGUCUAUUAUACAGCUGUAACUCAAAAAAUGAAAAUCAAAGCAAUGCAGUCUCAGAAGACUCUCUAGGAACCAAAUCUAACUUCUAGAGCCCUCCCACUAACAACGGUGAGUUGACACCAUUUCCACCAUGGUCAUUCUGCUCCUGCUCCUCUUGGGAUUUGUUUUUGUUUUUGUUUUUUUCCCCUAUUAAUUUUCCAUUGUAAAAUAUAAUAGUAUUUCAGAUAACCUUGUUUCCUUCCUCAUCCACCCGUUGGUUUUUUCAUUUGUAUCUUGGAACUGUAGAGUAGAGUUUUCAUAUGUAUUAUUAUUCUAAUGGGCAUACGCUAUGCUGUACGAAAAGUCUGCUUUAAGUUGAAAAGAGAAGUUUUCUGUGCCUUGUAUUUUUAAA